CGUUCAAUGUCCACAUUGUCCUGCCCAUCAAUCAAUGCGAUUAUCAUCUCCUCCUCCUCCUCCUCCUCCUCCUCCUCCUCCCUUUGACUUUCGAUUGAGCAUCCUACAUGAGCAAGGACCAACCCGCUUUCCCCUCAUACUUAUCAGGAUGAACUCCUCGUUUCCACCCACCCCCACCCGCCGAUCAUCCACCAUCUCCACCCACUCUGUAGUCGGAGGGUCCACCUUUCCAGUCACAAACAUUGAUGAUCUCAGACUCCCUAGCAUUCCAUUUCCUCGACAACGAGUACGAAUAAAUAAUCACGCAAUCGGCAUUCUUCCGUCGUGCAACAGUCCUGUCUUAUUUGCGAGUCCUUUGGGAUAUCUUUUCCCACCCCAAUUCGUUCCAAUGAGGUUCAACUUAUCUUGCAGAUCACGGUUCAUCCCCUUCGCUACCCUUCGACCGGCUCAGCAACAUCCUAGUGCAAAUAAUUUGAGAGACAAGGCAUCCGGGUAGUGGAAGCAACUGGUGUUCCUUCAUUCAACUUUGGCUCUG